AGUGUCACUGUAUGGAGUACGUUUAUUUUCACUGCCAUCUACAGGGCGAGGAAGGGACAAGCACCAAGCACCAAGCACCUACCAAUAUUUUUUGAAAAUGGCAGGAAUUGUCAGGAAAUUGGUCCAGGCGACAGCUGCACCUAAAGCAAUUGGACCUUACAGUCAGGCUGUGAUAGCAGACAAAACCAUGUACAUCUCGGGGCAAAUUGGGUUUGUGCCAUCAACAAUGGAGAUAGUGACCGGUGGGGCAGCAGCAGAGACUGACCAGGCCCUUAAGAACAUGGGUGCCAUAUUAGAGGAAGGCGGUUCAAGCUACAACAAUGUGGUGAAGACGACAGUUCUCCUGAAGGAUAUCAACGACUAUGCUUCUGUCAAUGAAGUCUAUGCAAAAUACUUCUCCAACAACAAGCCAGCAAGGGCUGCCUUCCAAGUAGCUGCUCUGCCUCGGGGAGCGCAUGGUUGAGAUUGAGGCCAUCGCUAUUGUGGGCAACAUCGUGGAUUCCCAGUGACUAGAUGCCAGUGCAAGACUAUGAGUGCCAUCAAGACCUGCCUCUCUUCCAAUAGUCUCCACACACAAACAUCUGGUCACCUGCCAUCGGAUGGCACAAGAAUGAAGCAAUGAAUAUGAUUUUUUGAAAUAUGGCAUUAUAAUGUAACUUUGAGAUCCUGUAUUAGUUAAUCCUAGCCAUUUGUUUAUAAUUGUUAAAGAUUUGUUAUCAUGUGCAUAUAUACUUGUCAAAGGAGUUGACACAAUGAUAUGGUCCACACUGAAGUAUUUCGAGGCAGCUGUUGGAUAACUUGAUUAUAACAGGGACCAGCAACACACAGAAAUGCAUGAAGAGUUAGAGUUACCCAGCCAGUGUGCAAUAAUAUGAAGAGAUUUGCUUUGCAUGUUUGUAGCUUAAGGCAAACAAUCACAUGAGUAUCCUCAUAGUACUUAUGGGUGUCUGGAAGUACUAUGUGUAUCUAACCUGCCCCACACAACUUCUCUGUGACAUAUCAGUGUGACAACUACAGGACAAAGCAGGGUUAAACGGAACGUGGCCAAAUGCUUGAAUAUGUCAGAUGUCUAAUGGUAUUGAAAUGGUUGUUUGUUUUGGGGCAGAAACUAAGUACAGAUCAAUUUUUCACUGCCAUAUUUGAUUUCUAUAUUCAAGAUUUUAUUCAGAUUGUAUGCCAAGGUGCUUGUUAUCAUUUAGCUUGUAUUAGUAUGUUUUGUAAGUGUCCCAAGUAUAUUGUCUGUUGUGUAUACAAUAGUCUUCCAACAAAGCAUGAGUCCCAAUCCCUCAUUGCAGUAAAAUCUCAUCAUAAAUAGUAUUUGAGGAAAGAAAGUUGUAUUUCUGUCUGAAGGGCAAGUUACCUGAAAGCAAGUAUAUUAUGGCAGUCUAAUAUGCAGCGGCAUACUGUGGUGAGCAAUGGAAUAAGCAGAAAUACAUCUCGACAUGCAUGGUGGAAUAGCAAAGUAAAACAUUUACAACAUGGUAGUUCUUGUGUAUGUAAAACAUUUUUAUUCAGUCAGAAGUUAGACACAUUAAAUAUCAUUGUUUUGUCUUUUAACGUAAAUUCAUGUCAGUUUUGAAUAUACUUUGUUGAACACUGACUAUGCCAGUAUUUCAGGAGUUAGUUGUUAGCCUAUUUCUGUUGUUUUAAGGGACAAACUAUGCAAUCAGUUUGUGGUUGAAUGAUUUUGUUGUGUUUUGUUGUGAUCAUGGAAUAAUCAGAUGGAAUCAGUAUUAGUUAUGAGAGUGGAAGAAGUUUUUAAGGAUGUUAUGUUAGAGGGUUUAUCUCAGUAAUCAGUGCUGGCAGCUUGUGUUUACCUGGUGGUGGUUGAACAAUAAACAGCUUUACGUAAA